AUGCGCGCGAAGUCAGACUAUCGUCUGCAGUGCAAGCUCUCCGGCGAAACUGGCGCCAUUCUUGCCCUGGAAGCCCGGGAUGAUGGCAAAUAUCUUGCGAGUGGCGGGUUGAAUGCGAACGGACCCAAAGUGUGGGACUUGAAGGAUAUGCGUCAAGUCGAGGUUGUGACGGUGGCUUCUGAUCUCCGCGGCGCGACCACGAAACUCCAAUGGAUCAAGCGUGAGGACGACAUCUGCGAGGCCUUGAUCUACGGUACACAGAACGGCUUCUUGGUGUGCUGCCGGUUGGACAACCCAGGCAAUGCAGAACCUCGUUUCCAAGAGAUAUGGAACCGCCAGAUGAACGCCCCGUGUGAGGUGACGGGACUUGCAUUCGAUUCGGCUACAAACCGCUUAGCCGCAUCUCAUCGUGGAGGCACCCUCCAAGUGUUCACACUGAACUCGGCGAUGGCUGAGAACGAGGUGUUCUCCGUCGUAAUCCGGCACUGCGUUCCCGCAGCUUUGGCAUUUGGGGCGAUGAGUGGGAAUGAACGAGAACUUCUGGUAUUUGGACUCUAUUGCGGACUUGUAUACACCGUCCGUGGGAUGAACGUGUGCUCGUCGGAUGCCGCGUGGAACCUUGGAUGCCGCAUCUCGAAUGUGGAUAUCGACCAGACAAACGGUAUCCUGUGCGUGAGCGAUCCGUCCAGCGGCGUCCAUCUGUAUCGCCUCACCGGACGGGAGCUGGUGAAAAGCUUCCUCAUACCCGUCAACAAGACACGGCGAAUUCGCCAAGUGGCGUUGCUCGACUCAAACCGCGCCGUUGUCAGCGGGAGCGACCAUGGGGUUGUAUACGUGUACAACCGCCGGGACAACUUGUUGACGAAACUGCAAGUCGACCCGAACGCGUGGAUGCAGACAAUUGCAACCGCGGAUGUCGCAGGGGUCCCUACAAUCUUCACGGCCAAAUCGGCUGAAGUGAGCGGGAAGAGCGACAUCUUCGUGUACCGUAAAACGCUGAUAACUCCCAACUUCAUGGCAAGACUGGGAAGUUCAUUGAAGUGGUUGGGGUGGCUCAUGAUCAUAAUGGCAGCAGUAGCAUUCGGAUACGAGAAGAUUGUGGAAAUCUCCAAGUCUCAGAAUCCCUCCGGAACUCAGACUGGGCGCGUGGUCACAUCGAGGAUCGAGACUGCCGGUCCUAUUGCACCAAUCCACGAAGACGACGUGUCGAUCCAUGUCUCUGACGAAGAAGCCCUAUCUGCGGAGGCGACAGCAGAUGCUUCUACGCUAGAAAUGGAGAGGCUUGCCAGUCUCCUCACUGGUUUGGUCAUUCUGGAUGAGGGCGAAGAGUCCCAUCGUGAAAUGCAAUCCAAGCUCUUUAGCUCUCGGGACGACUUUCAAUCUAGUAUAUCCGAAGUACCAAUAGAAUUCAUGCCCAUCUCCCUUAAACAAGUUCUCGGCGGCGUUGAAGCUGUGCUUCAGGCCCCGACUCUUCCGCUACGGCCGGCGACAAUGAAAUCCCAAGAGGAAAAUAUAACUCUCCUACAAGAGAUGCUGAAACGCAUUCGUGCGGCGCAUGCCGAACUAGACCUGCAACGCGCUUUCGAUGCAAGUCCCGCCACUGUUGACGUGCUGGUCAACACUGUCCAUUCUGCGGGUCUCCUCGUUAUUGAGGCUGGCCGUCUUCUCUCAAGUCUCAAGCCCUCGGACAAAACACGCCCACCGAAACGGCCGAGGGUCAGAACCAGAGCAGAUGAAAAGAUCGCUACUUUGUCCGAGAGUCUACAAGCAGAGGCUACGACCCUCAACUCGCUCAUUGAUAUCAUAGGCCCGCUUCUUCCUCCACCGACGCAUGUGGUCGAGCACAAUUCUGAUCAUCAUUUUGAAAAUCCCAUUGCAAAAUACGAUGUCAUUACUCAACUUUCCAUCCUUCUCGCCCUCAUCUGCCAUGUUAUCAUUGGCAUCAGCAGCAACCCCGUAAACCUCAUCCUCGCAUUCGUCAAUGCGAUCAUACAAGCAUCGAUGGCACUCUGUGCGCGCGAUGGGCGAGCAAAACCUGUACAGGAGUAUGUACUCAAACAACUCCCUACAUCCUUGGAUUCUGCGCUUCGCAGGUUCAAGAUUGAUCCUACAACCACCAUCUACGCGACUUGCCCGUCCUGCCAUUACACACACGCGCCACUGGAGGACCGAGUCAACGGAGUGGCCUCGUACCCUGAGAUCUGUCAAGGCUACGUAUAUCCUCGACAAGGAGCGCGCCAUGCCUGCAGGACCCAGAUUCUUGAACGUCGCCAAGGAAAGCUCAGACCCAUCCGGCCGUAUGUCUUCACUUCUGUGAUCGAUUAUAUCGCUGCUACGCUCUCCGACACCGGGAUAGAAAGGAUGUGCGAGAAGGCUUGUGAUGAUGCUCUGGCAGCAGUGCGCGCAGCCCUUUCAAAGAACCCCGAGGCGUCUGUGACAGAAGAACGUGUCAAUGCCGUCUUUGAGGCGGCGUUUAUGCGCAGCUUCGAAGGCCCCGUUCCCAGCAAACUGUUCAUCGAAAGAGAAGGUUGCUUGAGGCUCGCCUUCCAAGUCAUGCUUGACUUCUUCAAUCCCAACGGGACAAGGAAGCGGGGAAAUCACAAUUCAAUCGGGAUCCUUGCCAUUGUCAACCUGAACCUGGACGAGAACAUCCGUUAUCGUCCAGAAAACAUGUGGCUCAGUAUUAUACUCGGUCCCAAUGAGCCCAAUCAUGAUCAAAUCGACAACUAUAUCCGCCCACUCAUGGACGUGUUUGUUGUCGGUUGGGAGCAAGGAUUCCGACUAUCUCGCACUGCUCUGCACCCAUCUGGCCGCGAUUUGAACCUCGCACUCGUUAUUGACGUCAACGACUUACCUGCGACGCGAAAGAUGCAAGGCAUGGCCGCCCCCACUUCAAAUCACUAUUGCUCAAUCUGUGAUUGCUAUGGUGUUCAUACCAUGUACAAUACAGAAUAUCAUGCUUGGAAUCGACGUGAUAUCACAGUCCUGCGUGCUCAGGCCUUUGCAUGGCGAGAUGCGCCAAGUCAGGCGGUUAGAGACGCCAUCUUCUCUCAGUAUGGUGUUCGUUGGUCUGAGUUUUGGCGUUUACCGUACUGGGACCCCACCCGCAUGGCUGUCGUAGAUUCAAUGCAUUGCAUCUUUGAAGGACUUGUACAUUAUCACUGCCGUCGAGUGCUGCGAAUUGAUACCAAGUUGGCCAAGCGCAAGGAGACAAUGGGCGCGGCUUUCGAGCAUGCUUGGCUGGAGUAUGACGCUGCGACAUGCCAUCCGGCUUGCUUAUUGCGGACCGAAGUGAGAGAAUUGCCCAUGAUCCGCGCCAUACAACAAAAGCUCGUACAACCCUUGCUUGCCAAUGAAGAUGAAGUAGACGAGGAUGUAGAGCCUGUCGAUGACAACAUCGAAAUGGUCGACGCUUCCGAUCCUCGUUUUGUGCCGGCGAUCAGCAUUGAUGAGUUGCGCCAGCAGCUCAUGAGGACCAAUCUCCAGCCACUUCGCUGGGUCGUGUUCUCGCUUGGGCUCAAUACGGACCCAAGUUGUAUCAUAUCGAAGAAGGCCUGCUGUGAUCAACUACUCUCUUGGCGCCGCACAAAGCCGCUCACAAGCGAUACAUUCAUCCCCCGGUCGAUCAACCUUGCCAAUAUUCAUUUCAUCCAACGCGUCAUCAAGCAGACUACUACUCCGGCUUGGGUGGAUUCAGUGCCUUCGAAUUAUGGUGAUAGUCAUGCGGGGACAAUCAAGGCAGCUGAAUGGCGCAUAUUGGCAACGAUAUAUCUCCCCAUUGCUCUUGUCAUCCUCUGGGGCGACCAUGAUCCCUCAGAGCAAUCAACACGCAUGCUCCAGAUGCUGGAUCAUACAAUGGCGCUGUUCUCGGCGGUCAUUUUAGUCAGUCGAUACACAAUGACCCCUUUGCGGGCUUCCAAAUAUCGUUCUCUUCUGAAGCAAUGGGUAGAUGGUCUCCCAACCAAUCAUCCCCAUACUCAGUCUCAUGCCAUGCGGCCAAACGUCCACAUGGCUUUUCACAUCUACGACUUUCUCAUACUCUUUGGUCCCAUUAUCUCCUGGUGGACAUUCCCUUUCGAACGCGUAAUUGGAUUCCUCCAGAAGAUCAAUACCAACGAUCAUAUCGGCGGAGAACUUGAAGCCACUCUGUCCAAAUCCUUUAUGCGUGGAGCAAGCAUUCGGCGAUGGUUGCGACGACCCGACUGCCCCCCCGUUUUCAUUGAGCUGAAAGUUCUGUUUGAUAAAACCUUUCCAUCUUACAAUCUACCCGCUGAUUCGCCACCACUUGCCAAGGCUGGAGAACGCGCACACUACAAACGAAGUGGUACCAACUUCUCUCGAGCCAGCACGCACUUGGGUAACAGUCUUGUCAUGUAUUACCCUCCCCAUUCGCGCGAGAUGAUUGCCGGAAGUAUUGAGAAGAUCGUUGAGCACGGAGCAGAUGUUACCGUUCUUUCCAGCCCGUACAUACUCAUCCUCCAUGUCCAAUGUUGUUGA